UGCAUCGUGCAAUCGAAAUCAAAGUUAAUAGCACCGAGGAGCAAGUAAACAGCUCUAACGUUCCUGGGAGCCAUCGUGGAAAAGAUCAUCAUUACCUUUGGCAUAGACUGUCUUUAAGGGGGAAACCCCCUAACAGUAAAAGUAAAACUUCUGACGUAAAGUCCUCACGAUUGAUUAGGUCUAACUCGCAACACCACGUUGAAAAUAAGGAUACACAGAAAGAGAGGCAGCGAGAAUGGGGAUCCCAGAGAGACCUCAGGCUCUUUUCCAACCGUAAAGAAUGCUUCCAGUCGAAAUCGCGUUUCAGCCAAGACUUAGAACUUUCUAUCCACUGCCAUAAGCAUUCCCAAUCUUUCUCUGAAUGCAAUAAGAGUCCUAAGGUUCGAAAUCAAACACUGUCCGUUGAAGAGAUAAACCAGCCUAGUCUGAACUCCAGUGAGACGUCCCUCACAUCUCAACAUCUUUUCGGCAACAGUUCUGAAAUAGUGCUUCUUCAGCUUCACCCCACGCGCCAACAGAGGUCAGCGCGUAAGCUGACCAAGGAUUCUGGGUACGAGACCAGUGCCCAAAGUGAGCCAGAUUAUGUCAAUACAGAUUGGCUGGGCGAAGUUGGUGGAAAGCACAUUCGAACUUUUUCGCUGUCACCUGUCCAAAGAUACUCUGAAAUCCAGGAUAACCAACAGACUUCAGCUCCUACUGUGUCAAGCAGCAGGUCAAGUGAGAGGUCGGUCAAGGACGUUAAAGAACAAUCAGGGUCAAGACUAUCCACAAGUUGCCUUUUGACUCAUUCUGAAGCAUCGAAAUGUCUUCGCCGGAGCCAAAGUUAUUCCCAAGGAUGUUCUUCAGAAAGAAGGAGAGAGGACCACGUUGAUCAGAAUCCAAUAUGUCCUUCAAAGAACAGUCAAAUGCAGAAGCGUUUUGACGCUCACAAGAGACUAAAUAACACACAACUACAAUUAAGUAGCCACAACUCAAGCUUAGAGUCUCACAGCAACCAGAAUAAGCUUCAACAUUUGGUCCAAAUCUCUAAUUCCAACAACAUUUCUGAACGCAUCCCAAAGGAUCAAUGCCCUAAUUUUCUUCCAACUUCAUCUACCACAUCUUCUGUGAACAACUCUUUUUCCUCUCCCAACCUGGGUGAAGAUGCAGACAUGGUUACAAGAAGGUUCAAGAAAGGUUCUGUGUAUGAAGCUUUAGCCUCCAAAAGUGGGUUAGAUUUUGCCCCUGUAAUUCAAGGUAAACCUUGUCGGGAAGGAAUCAACAGUGGUAAAAGCUUGUCCUAUUCUUCGGGACGUCGACAAUCUCUUGACCUUGGUGGAAGUUGUCUGAACAUCAAUAGUAAUACAGUAGAAGAAUAUAAAAAUUCGACUUCUGAUGCCAAAAACAAACGGUGCUUUUCUCAAGAAAAUUUGUUCCAUCAUGCCUAUGUCCCAAAUAAACAGCAAUUGAUAAAAAGCGAAAAAAAUACAAUUUCUCUUGAAAAAAUGGUGAUCAAUAAAGAAAUGAAUAGGGAAAAAUCCCCACCUCCUCCACCUCCCCCAAUUAGAAAAUCAAGUAUGGCAUAUCAUAAGUCAAUGCUUACUCAUGAAAAGUACCCAUCAUGGCCUGUAGCAUCCGUAGGACUAGAGUCUUCCUCGUUACCCGUAACAAUGGCUACUUACCGAUCUCAUUCCUGGACUGACCAGACAGACUAUCCUAAAGUUCGAAUAGCUUACUCUAGACCGAAGAAAUGCUUUAAAAUUUCAACCAAUCAAUUACAACCAGUACCGGAAAAGGGGACAGAAAACCCAAGUACCAAACGUACUGCAAAUCUUGAACCAGACGUUCGAAUCCCUUUGAAUGAUAGAAUGUUAGAUAGUGAACCAACAAUGGCCGAGAUUGAUUCGUCUUUAAGACAAGCUUUGAGUAAAGAAACAUCAGAGAACAUUGAAAAUAGUUCGCAGAACCGUCCAUCUUACAUCCCAAGAUGUUACGGUGAUAUAGACUACAACAUCCCUUCCCCACCAGAACGAGACAUUUCUAUCAAUCAGGAACGAGGUACCCACAAAGUAGAAUCUUGUUGGAGCAAAUAUAAUGACUUUUUGAAGCACUAUAAUGAGGAUUCUGCUUUGUCGACUUCAACCUAUGAAAGCCAGUUAUCACUAUGUAAGAAAGCUUUGGGCCAGGAUGGUAUUAAAACAGAACCUUGUGAAAACGGAACACCAUUUUUAGAUAGACUUCGAUUGGAAUACCAAGCGUUGAGCGCCACCUGGCCACCACCACUUAGCAGUGACUUUGUGGAAACACCUAGUGAAGCAGGAACCUUUGUGGAAAACGUAGAUAGUGGCAGUGGAAGUAGCCAGGAGACCUUGAAAUGGCAUGGCUCUUACAGUGACCUGAGUUCGUUUAGUGUCCAGAUGUCAAACCGAUCGUCAUUAUUUGAUAGUGGUCUUUCGACAAUGCCUGACAGUGGACGCUUGUCACCGCAGUCCUCCUGUGACGGAAGCGUAUCUACCAUCUUUCUGGAUCCAAGAACUCGAGCUUAUACAUUUGCAAGACAUGAUCUGCAACGGGAAAAUAUAGCCCACAGUUCCAAAGUUCAAGUUCCUAAGAGACACGAGUCAGAAAGUGUUCUAUACUACACACCAAUCCUGAGGCAUACUUACAGCAGAGGUUCUAAAAAUGUACAUAAAUCCGUUCCCAAAGAAGACGUAAACAAACAAGAAUCCACGGGAAUCAGUGUGUCUCAAAGAGUGAAGAUGAUCCAAUAUCAAGCAGAGGAACGAAAACUUAAUGUACCCCCGAGUUUUUCUUCGUCAUUUCCUGGUUUUUCGCAGGCGUUAAUAGAACAACAAAGCGUUGUUCGUAAUGGAGUAAAAAACUUAAACAGUAUAUCAAAACUAACCGUUUCCCAUGAGGAUACAUCUCAUCUUUCUGGUAAUGGAGGAAUAGAAAUUCGAGCAACAUCUAAUAAAGUACAUGAACAAGUAACAGAAGCAACCCACGUGUCAUCGAACCGCUGUGUUCGUAGUUCGUUAUCAGAAUCUGAUAACUCUGGACAAAGAGUAUUGUAUCUGGAUCCUGAAAAGAAGCAUCGUGUUUCUGAUCCAGAGCUAAAGGCGAUACAGAAACAAGCCGUGUUGGCAUUUUACCAAAGACAGAAAGGAAUCUCCGAAAGUCAACCAGUAGGCCAAGAACUCAGCUGUUCCAUAACUGUCGCUCCUCCAGUUGACAGCCCUAGGAAAUUGGCAAACCAGAAAGCCUUUUCCUUACCAGUAAACAACAAACGUUAUAUAGGAAAAAACCUUCAGUUGUCAAGAGCAACUGAGACGAAUACAAGAAGAUGUAGAAGUAGUGAGAAACUUGCUAGUGUACCCGAAGAUGCUAUGUUUGAAGGCAAACAGACAGAAACAUCAGAAUUCCAUCAAAUUAUAAGCUCAGACAAAAAUAAGAAAAUAGACUCGAAGCUGGUACAUCAACAAAGCCUAUCCGUCCCAGAUCUGACAGAUCUUCAGUUCAGUACGGUUAUCCCGUACACUUUAGAACCUCCAAAUAGUCGAAGGUCACUCGGUGACCAGUGGUCAUACGAAACUCUAGAUUCUGGACCAUUUAGUCUUCCGGUAAUAGUCAGCUGUGGAGACAAUGAUGAAUUAAGAAUAAACAAAGAACCAGGCACUCCCAGUAAGCUGACCACGUCCACUUCAAGCAGCAUCACACUG